UGUAAGGCGGGAUUUCCGAGUGGGCGUGUGGUUGAAUUUGAAGAGGAGGUCAAAUGCGCUGCUAGAGUUUUGAAAACUUGUCCCGUCACGGUCCCGCGCCGUCAUGUUUCACUCCGUGCCCCGUCGACCCAUCUGCGAGAUCGGUGUCCAAACCGUGAAGCUUCAGAGCUGCAGGUCGUUGCGGCGAACCGUCGAGGAGGGCCGAGAAACGAUGGGCAGUGUCCCGGUGCUGGGCAGAGGCGCGGGCCUGCUGCUGUCCUGGCUCCAGAGGGCAGGGGCAGGUGCCGGUGAGGCCGCGGGCUCCGGCCGAAAGAGGAAGGGUUUGCUCUCCAUAUUCGCGGACCACUGCGGCUUCGUGACCGGGCAGAGGUUGAGGCGUGCCUGCCAGGUCGCAGAGCUCUACUCCAACCUGUACUCCGAGAGGACCAGGUCGGCUCUGGUCGGUAACAUAUGGCGGAGGUUUCAGAGCAAGCACCCCCCCGCUGGGAAACUUGUCGCAGCCCUGGCUGGCAUCUUCCUGUGGGAGAAUGAAAAGAUCCAAGACGAGGAAAUCCAAAGGUGUGGACUUGAGCUACAGGCGAUGGAGGCUAUAAAAAGUCUAAACACAACUUCAGGGACAAAGGCUGGGCAGCUUGAACCUGGCUGGGAAGUUGUGGUGGAAAAAAAAGGCUUUAAAGUGUGGAAGCGCCCCAUACCCGACAGUCACCUCUACGAAUACAGAGUGUUGGGCUCCUACAACGAUGUCACCCCAAGGCAGUUCUUCAAUGUACAGUUGGAUACGGAGUACAGGAAGAAGUGGGAUGCCUUGGUGAUCAAGCUUGAAGUGGUGGACAGAGAUGGCUGUACCGGCUCUGAAGUUGUCCACUGGGCUACACACUUUCCUUAUCCCUUGUACUCGAGGGACUACGUAUACGUGCGUCGCUACGAUGUGGACGAAGACAACAACCUGAUGGUCCUGGUAUCCAGAGCUGUGCAGCAUCCCAGAGUCCCAGAGACUCAAGACUUUGUGAGAGUCCAUUCAUACCAGUCAAAGAUGGUCAUCCGCCCUCACAAGUCCUUUGAUGAGAAUGGAUUUGAUUACCUGCUGACCUACAGCGACGAUCCUCAGACCGUCUUUCCUCGUUACUGUGUGAACUGGAUGGUGUCAAGUGGUAUGCCUGACUUUCUGGAGAAGCUCCAUACUGCUGCCUUGAAGGCCAAGAACCUGGAAGUGGGGAUCCGCGACUACGUAGCCGUCAUUAAAUCCAAAGACGGCAACCGCCAGCCGACCCAGGAGCGCAUCGGUGGGGAAAAGCCACACACAGGCGCUCCGGGACAGAUCUACGCCUGAGAUGGACACUUUUAUAGACCAGGGGUUAUGUUGGUCUGUUUUCACAUGCACAAGAUUCUCAAUGAAACCCCCCACAUCUUGGGUAGAUUGCAUGAGCUUACAAAUGGAAGUUGCAACAUGCAGUAUGUCCACCCUUAGACGUGGGUAUAUUUGUUGUAGGUGAGGUGUCUCAAGAACAAUGGCUUGCCAUAGAAAAACUUCAUCCAGAUGACUGGCAGUAAUGGGUCUAUUUGUUGAGUAGCCAAUGCAACAUCGAUUUUUGUUUUUGCCUUGUUUUGGUAAUAAUGUAUGUCUUAGAUUUUCUUUUUUUCUCUUUUGAUAUUCAACAAACGUUGACUUUAAAGGCUGUUCAGACCACGUGCAGCCACACUAAACCGUGUCUGCGGGGAAAUUUCACGUGAUGUUGUGCAGCAUCGGACAUAGAAAGGUAACCAAUUUACUUAUAAUGGACAGUGUCACUGUAUUUCAACUACAGCCAGGAUCCCCCUACUGACUGGAGAAUUGAGGCGUCUGCGGGCGAGUACUUUGUAACACCAUUUUUAAUUUCUAUUGAUUUAAUUUUCAUUGCAGCAUUGAUGAUUCAUAUGACUAAACAACUACUGAUGCCAUUAUUGGGUUUUUUUAUGUACAGAACUUUAAAUAAAAUCAAGCACUUCUUUUA